CCACACACCCUCUCCCUCCUCAUCUUGGCUAGCUCAUUCUUGUCGGUUACAAUAUAAUCAGCUCUACUCAAAAGGCUGGGGGGGGGGAAGAGGGGGGCCUUAGCUGGGAGCAGCCAAAGUCUGGAGUUGGUUGGUUGCUCAGGGAAAGAGACAGAACAGAGAGGAGAAGGGGUUGAUUUACAAGGAGGAGAGUUGCUGUCUUCCCCUUUUUGAGCUUAGCCAGAAGAGACUGAGAGUUCAAUUCUGAAUUCUCCCCCACACACCACACACGCACCCACAAACACUCCCCCUUCCUCCCCUCUUCUCAGAGUUUAGGGUUCUUGCAUCAGGGGAAGUCUGCAUCUUUGAAGAGCCCCUGCCCGGACUUUGCAAAAGUUUGCUGAUAAUAUUUUUCUCACACUUUUUUUUUUAAAAAGAGCAACAACUUUUUAAGAGUUCCUCCUCUUUGCUCCCUCUUCGCGGCACCCUCCCCUCACUUUCUGCUCUGAUUUUUCUUGGGUCUUUUUGGAACUUUUGAAUGGUUCCUCCCUCCCUCCCUACACAUACACUCUUAACGGACUGGGGGUUAGAGAAAAACUCACUUUGAAUGGACUAGAGGAUUUUCUUUUUUAAUUGGAUUCCCUUUUGGUCCUGGUGCCUGUUUUGGAAAUAACUCCCCCCCCUUCUCUCACACUCUCUACCUGAGAAGGAGAGAAAGUUUUGUUGGAAUUCAGAUUAUAAGGAAUUGUCUUCUCUCCCCUCACCUUAGCUUCUUGUUUCCUUUCAAUUAUUUGGGAUGAACAGGAAAUAAAAACCCUUGGAGGAAAUUAAGGAAAGGUAGCAAUCUGAUUCCGGACUGUAUAAAGGACGAUUUCUGCUUUGCUGGAUAAUAAGCUGUUUUGGUUUUUGAGUGCUCUGGCUGACUUCUUUUCCCGCCCCUUCAAAGAAAAGAAAAGGAAUAUUAUCCAAGAGACCUUUGAUGGGACAACUCCCCCUCCAGUAUAUUUAAUGUUCUAGGAUUUCAUUGGGACAGGCCACGAUGCUGAAGGUCCUGGUGGCAGCCCUCUUUCCGGCCCUAAUCCUGGCUGCUCCGCCUCCCAUUAACAAGCUGGCCCUCUUCCCGGACAAGAGCGCCUGGUGUGAGGCAAAGAACAUCACUCAGAUCGUUGGCCACAAUGGGUGUGAGUCCAAGUCCAUCCAGAACAGAGCAUGCUUGGGGCAAUGUUUCAGCUACAGCGUCCCCAACACCUUCCCACAAUCCACCGAGUCCUUGGUGCACUGCGAUUCCUGCAUGCCAGCCCUCUCCAUGUGGGAAGUUGUGACGCUGGACUGCCCCAGCAACGACGACAUUCCCAGAGUGGACAAACUCGUGGAGAAGAUCCUCCACUGCAGUUGCCAAGCCUGCGGGAAGGAGCAGAGCCAAGAGGGGGCGCUCUUCAACGUCUACGUGAACGCCAACGACAACCUGCCGGCCGAGCGGCCCAACCCUCACCCAUAUGGACACCAUGUAGGAGAAGAGGUCUCCAGCCGCCACCACCACCACCAGGAAGAGGAAGCCAAGGACUGACCUCUGGGGACUGUCCUUUCAGCCGAGGCCGUGCCAAGUCUUUUUCUCUCUCUCCGACACCCAUUGUGCUUUGCUCUUAGCAACAUUGUUGUGGGGAGGGGGCCAAGCUGAAGCCGAAACUUGACCGAGGUGGGGGGGGCGCCAAUGCGACGCCAUAGCAGAAUGGCAACCACGGAGAGAAGGACGGCCUGGGAGGGGGCUAGUGAACUGAUGAAAUUGCACACAGUGAUAAUAUAUUGGGGAGUGGGAAACUAUGGGGACUGGCGAUGUGGGACCUUUCCUCGUCAGGGUCCAGCUGGCACUUAAACAGAGAAUGAAGACGGGUUCUCGGUUGCUGUUGGAACACAACUUCUCCACGAGGACUACUGUAGCCCCAAUUCUACCGUUGGGAACCAAGGGCUCUGCUGCGGGGAGCCAAACUGGGCCAAACUCAUUUGACAAAAGAGGUCCCCAUCCAUGUUUGAGGCCUACUCUGUCCCCCGUUUGCGUGUUCUAGGAGUUUUGCGUUGCUAAAUUGCUUCUCAAAAAGAGGUGUUUUUUUAAAAACAAAACAAAAACCCAACCCGUCAGUUGUGGAGCGAUGAAGCACGGAAUUCUCCAAUGCUUAGCCAAUCUACCUUGCCAGAGUUAAACUGGUUCAACACUCAAUCUCUUUCCCCAGGGAAUUGUAAUUCUCUCAGGGAGAGCGAGAGGUUUCUGAUGGAGAAUUCCCUGGCGAGAGGCUUCAAACCAGUUUAUGUCUUUCGGAUGGGCCUGCUCCUAAAACCUUCCUUCUGUUUCCCACUUCAAUAGCACAGAUGUUGAAAGCUGCCUUUGGUCCAAAAGUGUGCUUCGAUUGCCCAAAACGUUCUCCAAGGCCUUCUCUCUUGCAUGAAUUGCCCCUGCACAUGAGACCAGCAUCUGAGAGGUUCUUCUAGAGAAGGGUUGGAGAGCCUUUAUUUGUUUAUUUUUUUCAGCCCAAGGGCCACAUUCUCUUGUGAGCAACAUUUCAGGGGCCACAUGCGCUGGUAGUGGGCGGGGCUAGUCUAGAAGCAACAGUUGAGCAAAAUGAUGGAGGUGACUCUCCCCUUUGGACGGUAGGCAAAAUUCUAGCCAGAGAUUUUCUACACCCCUCUACACGUCCCUCCAGGGAUAGCCAACAUGGUGCCCCACCAGAUAUUGUUGGGACUACAACUCCCAUCGUCCCUGACCAUUGACAUCUGGGGACCACCAUGUUGGCUUCUUCUGCAAUGUGGUUAAUCCAGUCUAAGACUGUCACAUAAGACAUGCUUGUUUCUCUUUGAACUUCUCAGAAGUGAGUGAAGUGGGUCACUUGUGGCUGGGGCCUUUGGCUACCCUGUUAAGCAGGUGGGAAAGCCUUCAGGGAGGAUGACAGGAGGUUGCCCUUCCACUGAGCCAAACCAAUAGCCUAUCAAGCUCAGUGGCUGUCUAGGAUUUUAGAUCAGGGUCUCUCCCAGCUCUACCUCGAUAUGCCAGGGAUUGACCUGGGACCUUCUGCCUGCAAAGCAAAGGCUCUCCCACUGAGCUAUGGUCCUUCCUCAGAAGAGCAACCCAACCCCCAAUGAGAUUAUCCAUUCACCACCACUACCUGUCAUUGACCAAAUGGCCUUCUUGGUGUUCACUGAUGGGAUGGCCUGUCAGGAUGGGUUGUGCUUCGUUCUCUUUCAUACUGUAGGAGAAGUGUGGGCUACAGGUCCCAGGAUGCUUUGGAUAGCCUUUGCAGCUUUGAUCAGGCCAGAAUGCAGCUAGGGCGACAGGCUCUUGAGUUCACAAACAGCUAUGAGGAAGACCUGAAUGCCGUAACUCUUGAGGGUUGGACCAUGUGCUUCUUCCAGGGUAGCCAACGUAGUACAUUCCAAAUCUUAAUUCUUGGCCACGCCGGCUGAUGGGAAUUGGAGUCCAGCACCACUUGGAGGGCCACAGAUUCCCCAUCCCUGAACUAGACCAUAAUUUGCCUUUACUGCCCCGAGCUACCUCCAUCACAACUCUCCUUUUAAUACAAGACUAGGGAAGCAGUGGCCCUCUAGACGUAGUUGGACUCCAACCAUCCCUGACCGUGGGCAUGCUGGCUGGGGCUGAUGGGAGCUGGAGUCCAACAAUAUCGGGAGACCACUACGUUGGCUAACACCACUUCAAUGAAUGGGAGAGGGAAGGGAGCAAAUGUAGUGGAUUGACUUGGGCGAGGGAAAAGAGGCGAAGGGUUGGCUCCAGACCAAGUGACCUGAACUUUGGAAUCAGUGGGGCAAGCGAGUAAUGACUGAAGUCCCACUGAUUUACUAACAUAGAAGGCUGCCUUAUACUCAGACCAUUGGUCCACCUAGUUUAAUAUUGUCUAGACUGACUGGCAGCAGCCCUCCCGGUUAGCAGACAGGAGACAUUCCCUGCCCUACCCAGAGAGGCUGCCACUGGGGAUUGAACCUGGAACCUUCUGCGUGCAAAGCAGAUGCCGUGUCGCUGAGCUAUCUCCCUUUCAGUGGAAGCCAACUUAGUCUGCAUCUAGCCCAAUAAUGGGAGUGAAAUCAACAUGAAGGGGGCUGAUAUCUUAUCCAUUCUUUCCUUAAAUUGUGAAAAGCCUUAAUUGCUGAGUGUUUACAGGGGGACCUGGACUCUUGCAGGGGCACAAACCCUUUCUCUGUGUUCUGAUGACUACAGUAGCUUCCAAAGCUUGUAAUAUAUAAACACACACAUACGCGUCUGUAUAUGUUCAUCUUUGUAAGUCCCCCUUAAUUAAAUAAAUUAGAUCAGACAACCACCCUUCAUAUCA